AUGGCUGGCUGCCCUGUCAUCAGCAGCCAGAUCGCGCCCAAAGAGAGAUGGGAAGUUCGUUACCAUGGUUAUUGGCGCAAUGGUUGGAAAGUGAGAGAAGGCGUUGAAGACGCGGUCGAGGAAGAAAGAGCCACAUGGGGACCAUGGUCUGAGAAAGUGUUCGCACUCUACGAGCGGAAUGUGUCGAGGAAGAACAUGGAGGAUAAGAGUUGA